AUGGACGGGAUUCUUACAGCAGUUCCAUCCGUAAUGUGUGGUGUCUCUCUGCGCAGUUCUUGUCGGAACAGGGUUAAUGCUGAAUCCAGACACCAUUUCGCAGGCAAUUCCCCGAAUCCAGUAGUUUCUCUACUUCAAACUCGGAACUGCGUUUCUUCUCUCUCGAUUCAACCUUCUCGAAAAGGCAAUUCGUUGCGUAGAAAGCGACUUUGUUGUGGAAUCGUAAAAUCCGCCGCUUCAACAGUUGGGAAUGCAGAGGAGUACGUGGAAGAAGCAGCUACAAGCGUCAAGUUUCAGAGAUCAGUGACAUUACCGGGUUGCUCAAAACCACUCUCAUUGCUUGGCACUGGGUUUAGGGAGAAAAAGUUUGCUAUCAUUGGUGUCAAAGUCUAUGCUGCUGGUUUAUACGCGAAUGAAACUAUCCUGAGCGGGUUAAGCGCGUGGAAAGGGAGAUCUGCUGAUGAAAUCCAAAUAGAUUCAUCACUGUUUAGUUCCAUUUUUCAAGCUGAAGCAGAGAAAUCGCUGCAGAUUGUUCUUGUGAGAGAUGUUGAUGGGAAAACCUUUUGGGAUGCAUUGGACGAAGCCAUAUCACCGAGAAUCAAAUCUCAGUCUUCUGAUGAUAAAACCGCUCUCGCCACAUUCCGUGGGAUCUUCCAAAACAGAGCUCUCAACAAAGGAAGUGUCAUACUCUUGACUUGGAUCAAUCCUUCUAAAAUGCUUGUUUCUGUUUCAUCAGGAGGAUUGCCAACGGAUGUGGAUGCUGCGAUCGAGUCUGGUAACGUUACAUCUGCUCUGUUUGAUGUGUUCUUUGGGGAGAAUCCAGUUUCUCCUACUUUGAAAUCCUCAGUGGCUAACCAAUUAGCUAUGAGCCUUGUGUAA